AUGCCUUGCCCCACAAGAUCAGAUGAGUUGGUGUUCUUUGUGAAUGGGAGGAAGGUGAUCGAGAGGGAUGCAGACCCAGAAGUGACUCUCCUAACCUUCCUGCGAAAGAAUUUACGCCUCACCGGAACCAAGUAUGCCUGUGGAAGAGGAGGCUGUGGGGCAUGUACUGUGAUGGUGUCCAGGCACGACCCGUCAUCCAAGAAGAUAAGACACUUCUCAGUCACUGCCUGCCUGGUGCCCAUCUGCUCACUGCAUGGAACUGCUGUCACCACUGUGGAAGGCGUUGGAAGCAUCAAAACUAGGAUUCACCCCGUUCAGGAGAGGAUCGCCAAGAGCCAUGGCACCCAGUGUGGAUUCUGCACCCCUGGGAUGGUGAUGUCCAUGUACACGCUCCUGAGGAAUCACCCAGAGCCCUCAGAGGAGCAGCUCAUGGAAGCCCUUGGGGGCAACCUGUGUCGUUGCACUGGGUAUCGGCCAAUUCUUGCCAGUGGAAGAACCUUCUGCAUGGCUUCAAAUGACUGUCAAGAGAAAGGGAAAGGAAAAUGCUGCUUGGAUCAAGAAGAAAAGGAUUCCUCCUCACUUGACAGGAAAAGUGAGAUGUGCACUGAAUUAUUCGUAAGAGAGGAGUUUCAGCCCUUGGACCCUACCCAGGAGCUCAUAUUCCCCCCAGAACUCUUGAGAAUGUUGGAGAACCCAGAAAAACGCACCUUUACUUUUCAUGGAGAAAGAGUCACUUGGAUCUCCCCUGGGACCCUCAAGGAGCUCCUGGAGCUGAAAGUGAAACACCCUGAAGCCCCCCUCAUCCUGGGCAACACCUCACUUGGACCUGCCAUGAAAUCUCAAGGGUGUUUUCAUCCAAUUCUUCUCUAUCCUGUUAGAAUUUCCGAGCUCUAUGUGGUAUCUAAAGCAAGCGAUGGACUGACAAUCGGUGCUGGCUGCAGCCUGGCCCAGGUGAAGGACCUCUUGGCUGAGACGGUUUCCAGCCUCCCAGAGGAGAAGACGAAGGCAUACCGAGCCCUCCUAAAACAGCUGAAGAGCCUGGGAGGCCAGCAGAUCCGGAAUAUGGCAUCCUUAGGGGGACAUGUUGUAAGCAGGCAUUGCUACUCAGACCUGAAUCCAAUUCUAGCUGUGAGCAGUGCUACUCUCAACCUGAUAUCAGAAGAAGGGAAACGGCAGAUUCCUCUGAAUGAACAUUUUCUUGCUGGGUUGGCAAGCGCAGACCUUAAGCCAGAGGAAAUUUUGGAAUCUGUGUAUAUCCCUCAUUCUCACAAGUGGGAAUUUGUGUCAGCCUUCCGACAGGCCGAGUGCCGACAAAAUGCCUUGGCUGAUGUGAAUGCUGGUCUGAGAGUCGUCUUUGAAGAAGGCACAGACACCAUCGCAGGCCUGAGCCUAGCCUAUGGAGGGGUGGGGGCUGCCACCAUCAGUGCCCCCCAGACCUGCCAGCAGCUCCUUGGGAGGCACUGGAACCAGCUAAUGCUGGAUGAGGCCUACAGGCUGCUUCUGGAGGAAAUCUCUCUCCCAGGUUCAGCUCCGGGAGGGAAGGUGGAAUUCAAGAGGAGUCUGAUUGUCAGCUUCUUCUUCAAGUUCUACCUACAAGUUUUGCAGGAACUCAAAGAACUACGGAGGCUAUUCCCUAAAUCUGACAGCUGCCAUUACCCUGAAGUUGCAGACCGAUUCCUAAGUGUUCUAGAAGACUUCUCCAUCAACUUACCACAGGGAGUCCAGACAUACCAGUGUGUGGAUUCUCACCAGCCUCCCCUGGAUCCUGUUGGACGCCCCAUCAUGCACCUGUCAGGUCUCAAACAUGCCACAGGGGAAGCCAUAUUCUGUGAUGACAUUCCUGUCGUGGAUAAAGAACUGGCCAUGGCUUUGGUGACCAGUACCAGGGCUCAUGCAAAAAUCAUAUCAAUUGAUUCGUCUGAAGCUCUAGAACUACCAGGAGUAGUAGAUGUGAUAACAGCAGAGGACAUUCCAGGCACCAAUGGUGCCGAAGAUGACAAACUGUUGGCUGUAGAUAAGGUACUAUGUGUGGGCCAGAUUGUCUGUGCUGUGGUGGCAGAGACAGAGGUGCAGGUGAAGAGGGCAGUUGAGAAGAUAAAGAUCACCUACAAAGACCUGGAGCCUGUGAUCUUCUCUAUUGAGGAUGCUGUAAAACAUAAUUCAUUCCUCUGCCCUGAAAAAAAACUUGAGCAAGGAAACAUUGAAGAGGCAUUUGGGAAAGUUGAUCAAAUUGUUGAAGGGGAGGUCCACGUUGGAGGUCAGGAACAUUUUUACAUGGAGACACAAAGAGUACUUGUCAUUCCAAAGACAGAGGACAAAGAACUGGACGUUUAUGUGUCUACUCAGGAUCCAGCCCAUGUGCAGAAAACUGUGUCCUCCACGCUAAGCAUCCCCAUCAACAGGAUCACCUGUCACGUGAAACGAGUCGGUGGGGGUUUUGGAGGAAAGACAGGAAGACCAGCUGUAUUUGGGGCUAUUGCGGCUGUGGGUGCUAUGAAAACUGGUCGCCCCAUUCGUCUUGUUCUUGAUCGUGAAGAUGAUAUGUUAAUAACUGGGGGAAGGCAUCCGUUAUUUGGAAAAUAUAAAGUGGGCUUCAUGAACAGCGGGCGCAUCAAAGCUCUGGACAUUGAGUGCUACAUUAACGGAGGCUGCACGCUGGAUGACUCAGAGAUGGUAACAGAAUAUCUCAUCUUAAAAAUGGAAAAUGCAUAUAAAAUUCGCAAUCUCCGGUUCCGGGGACGUGCAUGCCUGACCAAUUUACCAUCCAACACAGCCUUCCGUGGGUUUGGCUUCCCCCAAGGAACCCUGGUAACAGAAUCUUGCAUCACAGCUGUGGCAGCUAAAUGUGGCCUCCCUCCAGAAAAGAUUAGGGAGAAAAACAUGUACAAGACAGUUGAUAAGACCAUCUACAAACAAGCAUUCAGCCCGGAGAAUCUGAUCAGAUGCUGGAAUGAAUGUCUGGUCCAGUCUUCCUUCCACAGCAGAAGGCUGCAGGUGGAAGAGUUCAAUAAGAAGAAUUAUUGGAAGAAGAAAGGCAUUGCUAUUGUCCCUAUGAAGUUUUCAGUUGGCUUUGCCGCAACAAGCUACCAUCAGGCAGCUGCUCUCGUUCACAUCUACACUGAUGGGUCUGUGUUGGUCACACAUGGAGGCAAUGAACUGGGACAAGGGAUCCACACCAAAAUGCUACAGAAUGCUUGUCAGGUCCUUCUGAAACGCCUUGAGCCCAUCAUGAAGAAAAAUCCUGAAGGUACCUGGGAAGAUUGGAUAGAAGCUGCAUUUGAGCAAAGAAUCAGCCUUUCAGCCACUGGAUACUUCAGGGGCUACAAAGCCUUCAUGGACUGGGAGAAGGGAGAGGGAGACCCAUUUCCUUACUAUGUCUACGGCGUUGCCUGUUCAGAGGUUGAAAUUGACUGCCUCACUGGAGCCCACAAGAAAAUCAGAACAGACAUUGUGAUGGAUGCGUGUUGUAGCCUAAACCCAGCUAUUGACAUCGGACAGAUUGAAGGUGCAUUUGUGCAGGGCAUGGGCCUUUACACCACCGAAGAGCUGAAGUACUCCCCAGAAGGUGUCCUCUACUCCCGGGGCCCAGAUGAGUACAAGAUUCCAACCAUCACUGACAUCCCGGAGGAGUUCAACGUGUACUUGCUGCCAUCAUCACACACCCCACUAACCAUCUAUUCAUCCAAGGGCCUUGGGGAGUCAGGGAUGUUCCUGGGAUCAUCUGUGUUCUUUGCCAUCAUUGAUGCUGUGACCACAGCACGCAGGGAGAGAGACAUUGCCGAGGACUUCACAGUGAGGAGCCCAGCAACGCCAGAAUGGGUUCGAAUGGCCUGUGCAGACCGCUUCACGGAGAUGGUAUGA